GAAUAAUUCAAAAUUCCUCUGUUUUUCAUUUUCCACUCUCUCCUUCCUUCUUCAUCACUUUCCUCCUUAAACCCCCCUAUUUCUCUAUCAACACUCUUUCUUUUCUCUCUCUCUCUUUCCCCACCAAAUCUCCAUUAUCAAACUCCCAUUUCUUCAAAGCAAAGCAUCGAAUUUUCCCACUCAUUCAUCAAAUUCCAAUCAACCCAGAAAAAUUCAAUCCAAAAUACGAAAAUCAAUUUCAAUUUACCCAAUUUCACUACCAAAAAUCCCACAAAAAAGAAAGAAAAAUUCAUGGUAAAUGCAAUGGAAAUUCUCUGGAGUCCAAUUGGAGAAUUGGGUGCUGGAAUUACACAAUCGGAGCUCCGAGAAACUGCGUAUGAGAUCUUAAUCGGAGCUUGUCGGAGCUCAACUGGGUCAAAGCCCUUGACUUAUAUCCCUCAAUCGGAGCGAAGUUCGUCAACGGAGAGAGAUAGGAGUACGUCAUCUCUGACGUCAUCGCCGUCGUUGCAACGGUCAGUGACGUCAGCUGCGGCGAGUAAAGUGAAGAAGGCACUUGGGAUAAGUAGUAGCAGUAGUAGUAAGAAAAGAGGAGAGAGAAAAUCUGGGGGAACUGUUGGAGAGUUGAUUAGGGUUCAAAUGAAAGUUUCUGAGCAGACUGAUUCUAGGGUUCGUAGGGCUUUUCUUAGAAUUGCUGCUGGUCAGCUAGGAAGACGGUUAGAGUCGAUUGUAAUGCCAUUGGAGCUAUUGCAGCAAUUGAAACCGUCUGAUUUUCCGAAUCAGCAAGAGUUUGAGGCAUUUCAGAAGAGAAGCUUGAAGUUACUUGAAGCUGGGCUUCUUCUGCAUCCUUAUGUUCCCUUGGAUAAGUCAGACACUUCUGCCCAGCGGCUGAGGCAGAUAAUCAAAGGGGCCUCGGAGAAGCCUUUAGAAACGGGAAAGAAUAGCGAGUUUAUGCAGGUACUUCGAAAUGUUGUAAUGACUCUUGCAUGCAGAUCCUUUGAUGAUCAGGCUUCAAAUAUGUGCCAUUGGGCAGAUGGAUUCCCGUUGAAUCUUCAGAUAUAUCAGGUGCUUUUAGAGGCUUGUUUUGAUGUAGAUGAUGAGACUUCUAUUAUUGAAGAUGUAGACGAGGUAUUGGAAUUGAUUAAGAAGACUUGGGUGAUACUUGGGAUGAAUCAAGAACUGCAUAACAUUUGCUUUUUGUGGGUUCUGUUUCAUCGUUAUGUGGAGACAGGUGAAAUUGAGGAUGACCUCUUGUUUGCAGCGAGCAAUCUUUUAAUAGAAGUUGAAAAUGAUGCCAAGACUAUGAAAGAUCUCGACUAUUCCAAGGUUUUGAGUUCUUCAUUAAGUGCAAUUUUGGGUUGGGCAGAGAAGCAGUUGCUGACUUACCAUGAUACUUUUGGCAGUAAUAACAUUGAGUUGAUGCAAAGUGUUGCUACUUUGGCGGUUAUUUCAGCUAAAAUACUGGUAGAGGAUAUCUCUCAUGAGUAUCGCAAGAAGAAGAAGAAAGAAGUUAAUGUGGCUCAUGACAGGGUUGAAACCUACAUCAGAUCAUCUAUUCGGACUGCUUUCGCUCAGAAAAUGGAGAAGAUCAACUUGAGCAAGCAGUCAUCUAAGAAAAAUCAGCAAAAUCCAAUACCUGUUCUUUCACUCCUUGCACAAGAAGUCACUGAUUUGGCACUAAAUGAAAAGGAGAUUUACAGCCCUAUAUUUAAAAGAUGGAACCCUCUUUCGGCCGGUAUAGCUGUUGCAACUCUUCAUGGUUGCUUUGCCAAUGAGCUGAAGCAAUUUGUUGCUCGCAUCAGUGAGUUGACACCUGAUGCUGUUCAAGUACUCCUAGCUGCUGAUAGGCUGGAAAAGCAACUUGUACAAGUUGCAGUGGAAGAUGCUGUGGAAAGUGACGACGGUGGGAAGUCAAUAAUAAAGGAAAUGCCUCCCUACGACACAGAAGCUGUAAUAGGGACAUUGGUGAAAUCAUGGAUAAGGACCAGAGUUGACCGGCUGAAAGAAUGGGUUGACAACUAUCUUAAACAGGAGGUGUGGAAUGUACAAGCAAAUAAGGAGCGAGUUGCCCCCUCUGUUAUUGAAGUUCUCCGUAUUGUGGAUGAAACUUUGGAAGCAUUCUUCCUGUUACCAAUACCUAUGCAGCCUGCCCUGAUUACUGAUCUGACUAUCAGUCUGGACAGAUGCCUACAGCAUUAUAUACUGAAGGCCAAAUCUGGUUGUGGGACUCGGAAAAAUUUCAUGCCUACCUUGCCUGGCUUAACGAGGUGUUCAGCUGGUUCUAAGUUUUUCAAGAAGAAGGAAAAGUCCCAAAUUUCCAUGAGAAGAUCACAGGUUGGAAAUACAAAUGUGGGAGAUCUUUGUGGGGUAUCACAGUUAUGUGUCCGCAUCAACUCAAUGCAGUGUAUCCGCUCUGGAGUUGAUGCUUUGGAGAAAAAGACCAUUACCUAUCUAAAAAAUUCAGGAUCUACUGACUAUAAAGGGUUAGGGACAAAGUUCGAACUAUCCAUCGCUGCUUCUUUUGAAGCGAUCCAUCAGCUUUGCGAAAUAACCAGCUACAAAAUUGUUUUCCAUGAGCUGAACCAUGUUUUAUGGGACAGUUUAUAUGCUGGUGAGGCUUCGUCUUCUAGAAUUGAGCCUUUCCUUCAGGAACUCGAGCAGUACUUAGAAACUAUUGCAACAACAGUGCAUGAUAGAGUAAGAACCCGUCUCAUCACCGAGGUUAUGAAAGCUUCAUAUGAAGGAUUUUUGUUAGUUUUGCUUGCUGGAGGCCCUUCUCGCGCUUUCACUCAACAAGAUUCCGUCAUAAUUGAAGAGGAUUUCAAGUCCCUCCGUGAUUUGUUUUGGUCCAACGGGGAUGGUUUGCCUUCUGAAGUGAUCGACAGGUUUGCAACAACCUUGAAAACUAUCCUUCCUCUCCUCCGCAUGGACACUGAGUCCUUGAUUGAGCAAUUCAAGCAAGCAGUUACAGAGACCUACGGCCCUUCUGCCAAAUCCAGACUACCUAUGCCCCCAACUACCGGGGAAUGGGAUGUAAGCGAGCCAAAUACACUUCUAAGAAUACUUUGUCACCGUGAUGAUGAAGUGGCAGCAAAGUUUCUCAAGAAAACCUAUGGUUUGCCCACAAAACUGAGUUAAACUGCCCUAACAACUGCAGAAUCUGGGUUUGCCUUGUAAGUUUUCCAACUAUCUUUAUGGGCGGAAACUUUAUUCUUACCACAUAAUACAAGUCAGCCUGGAUUGCUAAUCAGAGCUUACAGUAAGUUGCCGAGGAUACACAGUUGAAAUAAUUUUGUGCUAAUAAUGUUUGUUGAUUAUUUUUUUAUUAUUUAUUGACACAUGUAAAUAAUUAUAGCUCUAUUUUUGUAAGUGGGGUGGUUUAGAAUAAAUGUUUGUAUUCAUGUUUUUUUCCUGGAGAUACUUGUCCAAGUGUAGUGGCAUGAUAUAUAUAUACACAAGUUGUCAUUUUUUGAGUUCUACUGCUUGAAUAAAUUGUUCCGAUUCCCAGAGGUGAAAUGCAGCACGAGACGAUUACAGAAUAAAUAUUUUGUCUAUCUACGAGCACUAUGUAAACUGUAUAAUGUACCUUGUUUAACCACACUAUUGUUUCUGUAAAAUGUGAAAAUUUUAAAGAUUGGACUAUUAUAUUGGACAAAGUUGAUCUUAGA